GCGGAGGCUGCCGGGUAAGUGCGGCCCACUCUGGCUGAGGGAGGCGGCCGCCCCGCGCGGAGGCUGCCGGGACAAGAUGGACGCCCAGGGCCUGUUCCUCAGGCUGGGCAUGGGGGCCAAGUUCGACCUGAGACGCUUCUCCGGCGACGCGGCCCGGUUCCAGGUGGGAAAAAGGAAAAGUGACUCGGAGUCUCCGGAACUGUUGGAGCGGCUGGACUUCUUUGGAGCCAAGAAACCUGCCGCGAAAGAGCCCGGGGCCACUGCGGGCGGCGUCCCCGAAUCCGGAGGAAACGAGCCGCGGGAUGAGGGAACGGAUGGCGGAGAAACUCCCGGCACCGCAAACCCGAGGAAGAGGAAGAGGAACGCAAAGAAGAGGAAGAUUCAGGGGGCCUCAGAAAACGCUCUGUUCGGCUCUGCGGAGGACGGUAACUCGAUACUCUGGAUGUCCUCCCUGGAAGCAAACCGUAAAAAUAAUAAAGAAAAGGGAGAGAACAAACCGACGGCUGAAAAACUGGAACGGCUCAGAAAGGAAAAGGUAAAUCGUUUAAGAAGCAAACACAAAAUUCACGUCCAAGGGACGGAUCUUCCCGAACCAAUCGCUGCGUUCGGUCAGCUCGAUCAGGAAUAUAAGAUAAAUCAGCGACUGCUUCAGAACAUCCUGGCCGCCGGCUUCGUGAGCCCCACCCCCAUUCAGAUGCAAGCUAUUCCCAUCAUGCUUCAUGGUCGUGAGCUCCUGGCUUCUGCUCCCACCGGUUCGGGAAAGACCUUGGCUUUUAGUAUUCCUAUCUUAAUGCAGCUGAAGCAGCCCACGAAUAAAGGCUUCAGAGCUCUGAUCAUAUCGCCGACCCGAGAACUCGCCAGCCAGAUUCACCGGGAGCUGGUGAAAAUCUCCGAAGGCACUGGAUUCAGAAUACAUAUGAUACAUAAGGCCGCCGAGGCAGCCAAAAAGUUUGGGCCUAAAUCGUCCAAGAAAUUUGACGUUCUCGUGACCACGCCGAAUCGACUGAUUUAUUUAUUGAAACAGGAGCCUCCAGGAAUAGACCUAACGAGAGUUGAAUGGCUGGUGGUCGACGAGUCGGACAAAUUGUUCGAAGACGGCAAGUCUGGCUUCAGAGACCAGCUGGCCUCCAUCUUCCUGGCGUGUACAUCUCCCAAGGUCAGAAGAGCCAUGUUCAGCGCAACUUUCGCACAUGACGUGGAGCAGUGGUGCAAACUCAAUCUUGACAACGUCAUUUCGGUGUCCAUUGGAGCCAGGAACUCCGCCGCAGAGACGGUGGAACAAGAGCUUCUCUUCGUCGGGUCCGAAACGGGGAAGCUCCUGGCCAUGAGAGACCUCGUUAAAAAGGGUUUCAGCCCUCCUGUGCUUGUUUUCGUUCAGUCCAUCGAACGGGCAAAGGAGCUUUUCCACGAGCUCAUCUACGAAGGUAUUAACGUGGAUGUUAUUCAUGCCGAAAGAACGCAGCAGCAGAGAGAUAACACUGUCCAGAGUUUCAGAGCAGGAAAAAUCUGGGUUCUCAUCUGCACCGCCCUGUUAGCCCGAGGGAUUGACUUUAAAGGUGUGAACUUGGUAAUCAACUACGACUUUCCAACGAGUGCCGUGGAGUAUAUCCACAGGAUAGGCCGGACUGGAAGAGCGGGACAUAAGGGAAGAGCCGUUACGUUCUUCACCGAAGACGACAAGCCCUUAUUACGAAGUGUCGCUAAUGUGAUCCAACAGGCAGGAUGUCCUGUGCCAGAAUACAUCAAACAUUUCCAAAAACUGCAGAGCAAGCAAAAGCGCAAGCUGAUCAAGAAACCACUGGAAAGGAAGAGCAUUAGUACAAUGCCAGAGUAUUUCUUGGAAAAGGCCAAGGACCAGCAGAAAGUUGCCGGUCAGAGCGCCAAGAAGAAAGUUGAUCCGGAAAGUAAUAACCACCCUUCAUUAUAGACUGCCCCGGCCCUUUAGUCCGAUUGUUUUACGUAUUCCGGUGGGAAGAGGUGGUUUCAUCAAACCCAGCCACCCUUUCUGUGUCUUUCCACGUGGAAUCAAAAGCCAGAAAAUCAGCAGUGGAGACGAGGGGGCGCGGUCAUCACGGACUUGAGUAUUUCCCCUCAAGCUUCAAUUGACGAAGAAUUUUUAAACCAGCACAGAAGUAAGAGUCUUGAAAUUUGGGGGCUCAAGCAUAUUGGAAGCACUUCUUGUUCAGAAGUGCUUGAGAGCGGCAAUGCUGUCUCUCCCCAAGGAUAGUGAGGUGCAGAGCUUUGGUCUACCCGUGACGGAGCUGGUGAAGAUAAUUUUUGUUCUCUAAAACUUGGAGCAAGAUGUCAGAAGGAGAGCUUCAGGUGGGACUUCAGAGCCAGAGUGGUGUAGACGAGAAGCGGACAGCUUUCUGCCCACCAAAUGAGUCACUCUGGAGUUGGAGAUUUUCUCAAAGAUGUUGAUUCAUGUGGGUAAUGGACAGCAAGAAGUGUGUGCUAAUCACACUUCAUAUGGGCCCCGUCUCUGGGGAGACCCACAGCUUGUCCUUUCUACAGCCAGCUCCUCGAGCCCUCAGAUCCCAGGAAUCCCAGUUGAUGAUCCUUUUGGACUCUUCAAAGAGCCCCGGGAAAGGCAACAAACUUCCCGUCGUUUAAAUUUUUCCCAUCAGAGACGGUCGCCGUUGGAGAAAAACCCUCCGUCGACCUUCUGUUCCACAAUGAUUUUCCCUACCCCUUGAGACUCUCUUUGUAGCCCGUCUCUUUCCUCACCACUUGGCUCUACUCCCUAGAUGAACGCGUGUUCCUAUUAUAGGACAUAUUUUUUGGCAGUAUACACUAGUGGGCUAGUCUCCUGACACAUUUUUAUCUUAAGUCCGUUUUCUUCACGGAACCCCAGUCUCCUGAAAGCUGAUGUAAAUUAUUUUCCACGGUUAACGUGUUUUUACAAAAAAGCAAGCUUUGUGUUAAGGAAUAAAACAUCUUGGUUACAA